CUAUUGGCGGUCUUAUUUUCAGCCGAUGCCGUCUGCAAUCUUUCCGGUUUCGGAUUUAGUGGUUAUGAUGACCGCGGAAAUGCCAAGUGGGAGCUAUGUACGAAUGUCAGGCCGUACCAAGUUGAGGUGUUCUCUAACUCCCAUGAUUCACUGUCCGUUUUAACUCCCGUUGUCGUUGUCCUACGGUUGAUUUCCCUUGGGCAGAUGCUACGAAAAUUUUUAAGCUCUUUAACACGUUGGCGACCGUGCGUCCCAGGACACACGUUUUUGGCUCGCUGGGUAUCUAUAUUAUUUGUCAGGUGUUCCUAUAAUUUUUUCAUGUUUUCAUGUAUCAGCUGA